AUGGAUGUUAGUGUAAAGAGAUGGAGCAUGAUACGCCCUGCUCAAGAUACUCCUAAAGAAAGGCAAUGGAUUUCAAAUCUGGACGUGGUGAUGACAACAUUCCAUGCCCCUUUGCUGUUUUUCUACAAACCAAAUGGCUCCUCUGACUUCUUCAAGCCUCAAGUGCUACAGGAGGCUUUAAGCAAGACUCUUGUGCAAUUCUAUCUUAUGGCUGGGAGGUUGGGACGUGAUGAAAAUGGUAGGCUUGAGAUAUUAUGCAACGCAGAGGGUGUUCUGUGGAUAGAAGCUGAAACUACAUCGGCCAUGGAUGAUCUUGACGGUUUUACUCGCUGCUCAAAACUGAGGAAACUGGUUCCCACGGCUGAUUACUCUGGAGAUAUUAGUUCUUAUCCGCUUAUGGCUCAGGAGACCAAGGAUAAGCUCUCAUGA